AUUAUUUUGUGUAUCAAUAUUUUUUUAUUAUUACUUCUUUUCCCUUGUCACAUGAUAUCUUACCUUUCUCCAUUCCGGUUUGCUUUCUUUCAUGUUAUGUAAACAGCCUUUUAUAUAUCCAACAAUUCAUAUUUUUUAUAUUUUUAAAAUUUAUACAAUACCAUAUUUUUUUUUAUGAGCAGAUGCAUGGUAUACAAAGAUAAUUGUUUUCUUUUGAAGGUUGUUAAUAUGUCAUGUCUCUUUUCUUUACAUGCUUUUUAUCAGUCAGGUUUCUCCAUCCAUAUAUGUAAGUCUAUAUUCUUUGUUUAAGGAGACAACAGUAGCUUCCUCGAAACAACCUCAAAAGGAAAACCUCUCUCUGUGUCUCUCUGUGUACUAUAAAAUUUUUCUGCUUGUCCCAAUCUUUAUUUAUUUUUUCGGUUUCCCUUUUCCAAAGUGUUGAACUCCAUCGUUUUUCUCCAUUCCUCCCUGCCUAGACCAAAGAUUCUGAGGUUAGUCAUUCUUACAAAGACAAUUUUGAAGCUUUGAAAUUGUGUUCCUAACAACAAUAUACAAUGGGAGGUUGCGUGUCAGUACCUUCUAAUGCAAUGAAAGCACCAAAGAAGCUCCAUAGACGGAUGGUAAAAGGCCGUAGGAAGGUCCCAAAUGCUAUUCCUAUUGAUAUCAAGAAGAGGAAUAGCAAUGCAGGGUCACGUGUAACAGAUUAUUCUGUUAGUGAAUUUGUUCAUAUGAUGAACUUUGAAAAUGGUGCAACUACUACUUGUAGGCGUUCUGAAGUUUCCAAUUCAGCAUUCCAUCUUACACAGCUUCAAUGGCAUCACAGUCAAUAUGAUGCUGAUGCAAAUUUAGCGUGCCAAGAAGAAACUUAUUUUGAUUCAGUCAGCAUUCUAGAAUCUGAUUCAGAUGACGACUUCAGCAGUGUUCAUGGAGAUGGUUUUCCAUUAGUAGGCAGCACAGUUGGAAACAUCGCAUGUAGUCAAGUCCUCCAGUAUGAAAGAUCAACACGUUUUAUGGAUAACAAGUGUCAAUAUGAAGAAUAUAAUGAAAGUUAUCUUAAAGUUGAUGGAGGAAACCAAGAUAGGUUAAUAAAGGGAAGAGAUGAAAGUAGUUUUGGCCUUAUCAGUACUCAAGGUUACGGAAUGCCUCGCUUAGGUAAGAGUCAGGGAAGCUUCAAAAGUAUAAAAGAAUAUAAACAUGGUUUGGAAGAGAAAACUCAAGAGAAUGCACGGAAAUCAGGCCUUCAUCGGUUGGCACCCUCUGUAAGUUUCAAUGACAAAACACUGAAUCGUCCAAGCAAAAGGCUGUCAACGAUUUUCAGACUUUCUUUCAAACGAAAAUCUUGUGAUGUAGAGGAAGCAAAUGAACAUAGUCAUUCAAAAAGAUAUCUGCUCCGUCCCAGAGCCGGACACACAAUUCCAUGUCAGAAUGGAGAAAAGCCAUCUUUGGGGUGUUGGUCUGAAAUUCCACCUUCAACAUUUCAACUGCGUGGCAAAAAUUAUUUCAAAGACAAGCGCAAAUCUCCUGCACCAAAUCAUAGUCCAUACAUUCCAAUUGGUGUUGAUCUAUUUGUCUGUCCAAGAAAGAUACAUCAUAUUGCCCGAUAUCUUGAGCUUCCAGAUGUGACAGCCAGUGGGAAAAUUCCCCAACUUCUUAUUGUAAACAUCCAGUUGCCUACAUAUCCGGCUGCAAUGUUCCUUGGUGAUAGUGAUGGAGAAGGGAUGAGUCUUGUACUGUAUUUCAAAGUUGCAGAAACUGUUGAUGAACAAAUUUCUUCCCAGUUUCAGGAAAGCAUUAAGAAAUUAGCUGAGGAUGAGAUGGAAAAGGUCAAAGGAUUUGCCAAAGAAUCUAGCGUUGCUUUCAGAGAAAGGCUAAAGAUCAUGGUAGGACUCGUCAAUCCUGAGGAAAUGCAACUGAGUUCCGCCGAAAGGAAGCUAGUAAAUGCUUAUAAUGGAAAGCCAGUGCUGUCACGCCCACAGCACAACUUUUACAAGGGUCCUAAUUACUUCGAGAUUGAUCUGGACAUCCAUAGGUUUAGCUACAUAUCAAGAAAAGGACUUGAUGCAUUUCGAGACCGUUUGAAAGAAGGCAUUCUUGAUCUAGGCCUAACCAUUCAGGCACAAAAACAAGAAGAGCUCCCAGAACAAGUACUGUGCUGCCUUAGAUUGAACAAGAUUGAUCUUAGUGACAAUGGCCAAAUUCCCAUGCUAAUGACCUGUGAUGGUGAAUGCUAAGGGUUUUAAGUGAACUGGAGGGAAUAACAUUCAACACUAAAAACAAAUAUAUGCAUUAGUUACCAUUGUAUACUAGGAGGGAAAAGUAGGAGUAAGAUGUUUAUGUUGGAUGCAACUUCUGCAGUCACAUAUUUCUGUUUAAAUGUACAUUAAGAUAAGAAAUUAGGAUGAUGAUAAAACAUGUUUUGCCAAAUGACAUGAAAGGUAGAAGUGUUUCUUUAUUAACCGUUGUAACCUGUAAACAAGUGAAAGGAACGUUGUAUUAUUGAAAUGACAAAUACUGCUAAUAGAUGUUUCUUG